UUGCAAGUCACAUCAUAUGAUUAAAUAUUCACUCAUUAUCACCGCUUACAUUUCACUUUAUCUUUUCAACUGUUAUCACACACAAACAAAUGCGACAAAUGCUUCUACAGUUUUAUCCCCAUGUGAAGCAUGUCCAACUUGUAAUGCAAAUAUGCGAUGUAACUAUUCAGAAUGGAUCAGUCAAUUGGGAAAACCUGAGCAGCUUAUUGAAAAAUAUCGGUUAAAAUCGAUGACAACUAAAUCAAGUUGUUUAAAUGAAUGCAUAUCUUAUCCUUUGUGUAAUUUAUUCACAUAUGAAGUUGAUACACCGCAGAUGUGCGAUCUGUAUUCUGGGCCUAUUGGAAACUUUACCAUGAGCAUCAAUUCAAGCAACUUCAUGACAGGAAGAAGAGUGUGUUGUAGUAAGUUCAAACCAUGUUUACAGUGAUAAUGAUUAGUAUUUCGAAUAUUAUUAAUUGUAGUCAGUGUAAC